AAUUCAAUUUUCCAUCCCUAAUUAACUAACCCUACAUGAACCCUAGCUCCGUCGCGGACGGCCGCGAAGACCUCAACGAAGCCGCGACAGACGGCAAGACGUUCGAUGACCUCGGCCUGGCGGAGUGGGUCGUUAGUACGUGCCGGGAGCUCGGAAUGCGGAUGCCACGACACGUGCAGCAGCGUUGCAUACCGCCUGUGCUCGAGGGCCGGCACGUGCUUGGCAUCGACGAGACUGGGAGCGGGAAAACGGCGGCCUUCGCUCUUCCGAUCCUGCAUCGACUCGCUGAGCACCCCUUCGGCGUUUUCGCACUCGUAGUGACGCCCACGCGCGAACUGGCGUUCCAGCUGGCGGAGCAGUUCCGCGUUCUGGGCUCUGCCGUGCAUCUUCGCAUCACGGUUGUGGUAGGCGGCAUGGAUAUGCUCAAGCAGGCGAAGGAUUUGGUUGCGAGGCCGCACCUCGUCAUUGCCACACCUGGGAGAAUCCACGUCUUGCUCCGUGAUAAUCCUGAUAUUUCUCCUGUUUUCUCCAGAACCAAGUUUCUUGUCUUGGAUGAAGCAGAUCGAGUUCUGGAUGCUUGUUUUCAGGAGGAAUUGAAAUUUAUCUUUCAGUGCUUACCUGAAAAUCGACAAAAUCUGUUCUUUUCUGCGACAACUACAAGUAAUCUGCAAAAGUUGCAAGAACGUUACCAAGAUAAGAUGUAUGUCUACGAGGCAUAUGAAGGUUUUAAAACCGUUGAAUCACUUAAGCAACAGGUGAUAUUCAUCCCUAAAAAGGUGAAGGAUGUAUAUUUGAUGUAUAUCUUGUCAAAAAUGGAGGAGAUGGGAAUUCGGUCUGCCAUCGUGUUUAUCUCAACAUGCAGGUAUAUUUCUACAUUGUAUGUUUAGAUUCUUUGUUACCAAUUUUGUUUUCUAUAUUAUGGUUUGUUAUUCAUUUUUAUGCUACGUCCAUAUCUAUAUAUUUUUGUGGUGCUAUCGGAAAAUGUGGCCUCUUUCAGCUUCUAUUAUAUCAAACAAUCACACCUACUUAUUUAUUUGUUUGAUGCUUUUGUUUUCGUUAGUUGGUUCCUGACUUGACUAUUAAUAUCUAAAUAUCCAAUAUCAGAAUUUUACCUUUGACUGCUUUUCUUCAAUAAAUUAUUAGGCUGUUAUUUUUUGUUUAGCUUCCCUGUCCCAACCUGCAAUGAA